GUAGCAAUAAUUAAAAACAAGUGGUGAAAAGCGAUUUGAAUUGAAAAUUCGCAUAAAUAAUUUUUAAAUAAAGUGUCAGUCAACAUCAUAUUAGAGUCAUAACAAUCUUUAAUCAGUGUUCAGCGUCGAUAAGCCAGCAUAUUUAAUAAAUAAAUCCUCAUACUAAUUACGAAUUUAAAGAAGAGUAGAGUGCACACACACGCAAAGAAUUGAUAUUUUGUAGCAAAGCAAAGUUACUUAAAGAGGAGACCGUCGGUUUCAAUCAACUUGUUGCUCGUUGUCUUAGAAGAUUUAUUUUGCUUUGGUAGAUUUUGUUGAGACAAGCUUGAGGGCUGCUCAACGUUUGAAAUAGUUCUCGUUUGUUGCCUGUAAAACGCAAGACUUCAAGACGGUUGCCUCACGGUUCGAGUGGAAUGAGCAUAGGGACCCUGGUCUUUCUUUCGACAGAUCGGUUUUCAAAGUCGUUAAACUGAGCCCCAACUUGGAGCCCUACCCCGCCAGCGUGGAGGGCUUGAAUAGCCCUAGAGCGGUGGGGAUGGCCGCCACCUCGUAUAUGACACCGUCCAGCAGUGAGCUGGAUAUGGCACUGGGUGGUGGUUACCACACUUCAUCGCCUCGAUCAGCUACCGAUGCCGGUGAAAUGAAAUAUAUGCAACAUCAUCAUCACCAUCAUGCGGCUGCGGCGGCGGCCGCGCAUCACCAAUUACCUUCAUCACCUAGUCCGAGUACAAUUGGAACGGGAGGUGGUGGCGGUGGCCCUGGUGGCAGUGGCACAGGAGUCUCUGCAAGUUCUCUGAGCUCAGUUACGCCUACAGGGGGUCUUAGCUCUUGGCCUUCGUUGCAUCCUACGGAUCAUUGGGGAUUGCCGUCUCAUCAUUCUCACCAUCAUCCUGCCGAUGCCGUCAAGCAAGAAAUGUCUCAUCUUUCGCAACAGCCCAGGGUACAACAAGGAAUGGCCUCGCCUCACGCCUGGCAUGCUCCAGUACAUGCAGCCGCUCAUUAUGGUCCCACUGGUGGUUCACCCUUGCAAUAUCAUCAUGCCAUGAAUGGUAUGUUACAUCCAGCUCAUCCUGCUCAUCAUCAAGGCGUGACGCCGCUUCACGCUCUGCGAGGCGAGUCCCCACAGCUACACUUACAUUCGCACCAUAUGCAAGGCGAUCGUGAUGUUAGCGGUGGCGAAGAAGAUACACCUACAUCAGAUGAUUUGGAAGCAUUUGCCAAACAAUUCAAACAGCGUCGCAUCAAAUUGGGUUUUACACAAGCUGAUGUAGGGUUGGCGUUAGGCACUCUCUAUGGUAAUGUUUUUUCACAGACGACAAUCUGCCGAUUUGAGGCUUUGCAAUUGAGCUUUAAAAAUAUGUGUAAACUGAAACCGUUAUUACAAAAGUGGUUGGAGGAGGCUGAUUCGACAACUGGAUCACCGACCAGCAUCGAUAAAAUUGCUGCACAAGGCCGUAAACGUAAGAAGCGCACUAGCAUUGAGGUGAGCGUUAAAGGGGCACUGGAACAGCACUUUCAUAAACAGCCAAAGCCAUCUGCACAGGAAAUUUCAUCACUAGCUGACACCCUCCAGUUGGAAAAGGAGGUCGUGAGAGUAUGGUUUUGCAAUAGAAGGCAGAAGGAGAAACGUAUGACGCCGCCAAAUACUAUGGGUGGCGACAUGAUGGAUGGCAUGCCACCGGGUCAUAUGCAUCCGCAUGCGGGUUAUCAUCCACACCAUGAUAUGCAUGGUAGUCCAAUGGGAACACACAGUCAUAGUCACAGCCCACCCAUGCUGAGUCCUCAGAAUAUGCAAACAGCGGCAGGUCAUCAGUUAGCGGCCCACUAGCAAUCAGAAAUCCAGGAGCCGAACUCAGCUGCAGCUGCGUCGACUCCUGCCUCCCUUCAUCAGCAGCAACAACAGCAGCAACAACAACAGCAACAUAACCAGCACCAGCAACAUCAUACAUCGAAUACACCAUCGUCGUCUGCUGGUUCGUCAGCGACAAUGACCUCAAAUGUGUUGUCUCCUCAAAGUCCUCUUGGAUCGAAUUCAGCCAACGCUGCCAAUAAUAAUAACAACAAUAAUAAUACGAAUAAUAAUAAUAAUAAUAAUAAUAACAACGAUAAUGAACACUUAGCUCAGGUUAAGCAACAACAACAGCAGCAAGCAUCGUCCAUAGCAGCUGCUGCAGCAGCUGCCAUGUAUAUCGAUCCAAUGCGCUAUCAGCAUCAUCAUCACCAUCAGCAUCCUCAUUUAAAUCCCGCCCAUCAUCCGCACUUAUUUCAUACCAGCGAUCAAGCCUUGCAACACACAAGCGCCGGCACGCAUCAUCACCAGCAUCUACAACAAUCUCAAACGUCACCGGGAGCAGGCAGUAGUAGCGGUGGUAUCUUACAAGCGUCCUCCUCAGCAGCAUCGCCAUCGUCGGUUACUUCGGCUUUGGGUGUUGGUGGAGCAGCGGGUAUGCAUCAUUUAAACUUAAAUCCACAUUCAUUACAUCAGCAUCACCAUCAUCAACAUCAGCAGCACCAUCAUCAUCAACAGCAACAACAACAAUUACAUGCGAGACGAUUGUUUGAAUGGAGCUUACAAUUUGGUGCAGCCGCAGCACCAGGAGCAGUGCGCCAUUUUAAUUCCUUCGGUGGUAGCGGUGAAUAGCAUACGUCAGCUGCUGCAGCAGCAGCAGCUUCAGCCGCUUGGUUUGGCUACGAGUCCUCUUAAACUAUUAGCUUUUAGGGCCACAUGUAGAAAAAACCAAAUGGUAGGAUAUAUAUGAUAACAAGCAUUAGUCAAAAAGCGCGGAUCACUAAUCAGGAUAGUGACAAAGGAAUGUUUACUUUCUAAUUGUGGUCGUUGGUUAUUAGCUAACGUUGUGAAAUUUGGAGUUUUAUCAUUUAACACUCUUUCUAUUUAAUUUAAUUUGUAUUUUAUUUUAUUUUAUUUUUUUUUUUGCUUUAACAAUCAAGAGCUAAGCCAGUGCAUUUGUCUGUGUUAAUAUCGAAAUAUAAGACAUAGGAAAAACAAAACGGAAAGAAAACCGGGAAAACUUUUUUUUAAAACUCGCUGUCGCAAGCAAUGGAAAAACACAUGAAUAAGAGGAGAGCAUAGAAAAAAAAAAAAAAA